AUGGCUGAAUCGGUGGUGGAUGCCGCGCUUGCCGUGGUCAAAUCCACCGUGGCCGCGGGGGUGGCACUGCAGCUCGGAGUGAAGGCUAGUCACCUGGAGGACAUCAAGAGUGACCUGGAGCUGUUCAAGACUUACCUCACGACCACCGACGAGGAGCGCGGCCAGGACAAGAUGAAGAUGGAAAGGGUCUGGGCGCGCCAUGUCCGCGACGUCGCCUACGAUGUGGAGGACUACAUGGAGGACUGCCGCAUUCAUCUGGCCAAUUGGUCGUGGUGGUCCCCCUCCAACAUCCUCAAGUGGUGCCGCAUCGCCGGCGAGAUGGAGGAGCUGAGAAGCAAGGUGCGCAGCGCGUGGAAAAGUAGAAAACUCUGCAGCUCCAUGGCUGCUCCUCACAGUCAAGCUGAAUCUGCGCUCAGUCCGGGUACAGAGAGCUCCAUGGCGCCAGUGCAGGAGGCUGGCGCCUUCUUCAGAUGUCGAGUCCAUGAUCUGAACAAGCCAUCUGGAGUUGGCCUCACCAAGCUGCUGUCUGGCCAAGACAGCUCGCUUAUGGUAGCCUCCAUCUGUGUGAGAGCGACAGCAAUGAACACAUUAGUUGGGGAAGCCUAUGAUGGUCUUGUCGCGACCGGCCAGUUCCCACAUGCCAUGCCUGGGUGA